AACCGUCACAAUAUCCCAAAGUUCAUGGCACGUGCCAGAAAUAGACAGUGAUUUCCUUGUGUUAUUAACGACCCAGGGGGUGCAACGACACUUUCUUUUUGGGAUGCAUCUCAUGAACACCCUCAGUGAAUUUUCAACAGCAUUUGAAUACAGACGUCUUAAAGUAUAACUAUAUUUUAAAUAUUUAUUGUUAGGAAUUUAUUUUUAAAAAUUUAAUUAUUAUUAAUCAAUUUUUUUUUUUCACGUAAUAAAGUUAAUUAAUAACAAUAAAUAAUAUUGUUCAUAAUUAAUUUGAAAUUAAUUCAAUAAAGUGCUUUCAUUUAUUUAUUGUUAAAGUGCGUGGAGAUAAAGAAACGGGGAAUAAAAUUUAAAAAAGGACAUAAAUUAAAUUGAAUUAAGAAAAAAAAAAAUGAAAAGAAAUACCGGACCAAUAAUCAGGAUGGUGUCUAAUGAUACUCAUGGUGCUGGGGGAAUUCAAUGUUGUUUUUGCAGAUGUUGCACUUGUAUACAUCUCGAAUUUUUUAAAACUUUACCAGGCAUUCUCAAAGUAUGCGAAACCGUGAUUAGUGGAUUUAUUCAGAGUCUAUUAAUUAAUUAUGGCCUCCGACACAGUGCAACAAUUGGAAAUGCUUUUGAAGGAGCUUUAACGACUUCUUCUGCUUGUUUUUUCACAUCAACUGUGCUUUUGGCGUGUUACUUUCUCUCAGAAAAAUCAUAUAGACUCAUUCGUGCCUCUCUUUUUGAAGUAAUAUUCAACAGUUUGUCUUGUUUCUUUUAUUUGAGUUCCGCUUCUUUUUUGGCAGUUUCAACAAAAAUGUUUCUUAUGGCACAGUACUACUUGAUGCCAGGAUUCGAAGCUUAUCCAGCAAUGACAGCAGCUUAUAUGCUUAGCGGUUUUGUCGGACUUAUACAUGGAGCAGAUGCCUAUAUUUCAUACAUUCAUUAUAAGACCACGAGAUAAUUAAAAAUUUUUUUAUAAUUUAUAAAAUGAAUCUAGUCUUCAGAAAAGUCUGAUUGAAAAUCAAUCCAAAAGAACACAUUCUAAUAGUGCAAAUACAAGAAAUAAUUUCUCAUCUAUUAUCAAUGAUUAAAAAUUAAUAAUUUAAUUAUAAAAUAUUCGAUAUUAUUUUUUUACAAAAAAAAAAUUAUUAAUUUUUAAUAAUUCACUUGAAUGGAUCGAUUUUCUAAAACUCAAAUUAUAUUUAAAUUUUUGAAAAUUCAAAAAUAAAUGAAUGAGUCAUUUUUAUAUAGUUUACAAAUUAUUAUGAUGAAUGAAUAAUUUUGGGGAUAAAUAUUAAUUAAUUUAAUAAGCAUGUGAUUAAAAUGCAAAGAAGAUUUCUUAGGUCUUUCAAAUAAAAUGAAUCAAGAUGAUGACAUUUAGACGUCGUAUGUGAUUUCCAAGAGUGUCUCAGACAGGAAAUUGAUCCUAAAGUGGUACAGUUAGUUUGUUUCCAAGCUGUUCAAAACGAAGCUAAUUAGUUAAGUGCCACUGUUUCUAUAGACUCCACGCUCAAAUCAGUGACAAAUUUACUGUUUUAGCAAUUGAUGAAAAAAUAAAUGUCUUAAUCAUUAUUUUUUUAUUUAUCCA